GCAUGCCGGGUUGCCGCUGCUGGCGGGCGGCUCGGCUCGGCGCGGCUCGGCGCGGGAUGGCGGGGGCCGGGCCGGGCGCGGCGCCGUGGGGACGGCGGGGCGCGGCGCUGGCGGUGCUGGGCCUGGCGCUGGCGGCUCUGGCCUGCCUGGUGCUGCAGGGCGCGCUGCUGGGCGCGGCGGCGCUGGGCGCGGCGGGGGCCUGGUGCGCCAUGAGGCCCGGCCCGCCCGCACCGCGCCCGCCCGCCAAAGCCGCCGCUAACGGAGCCCCGGCCGCCCCCUCGGGCCGCUUCGCGAAGGCCGCUCCGCGCCGCCCGGGCUCGGGGCUGUGCUCUCCGCCGCAGGCCCCGCGCCGCCGCUACCCGCUGCCGCUGUCCCGGAGCGCCGUGCCGGGCGCGCUGCCCGCCGCCUGCUGGGACGGCGUCGUCCGGAGGAGCACCGCCUGGGCGCGCCGCGCCGGCCCGGCCCGCAGUCCCGUCACCGUGCGCAUCGGCCGGCCGGGAGGCCCCGCCCGCGGCCCCGUGCUGGAGCAGCUCCUGUCGCCCGUCGCCCUCCUGCCCGGCAACAGCCCGGACCCGUGUGCAAAGGAGACGGUGCUGAACGCCAUCAAGGAGAGCAGAAAGAGGGCGGUGGAGGAGGAGGAGGAGGAGGAGCAGGCGCUGGGUAACGAUCAGGACAGCAAGCGAAGGCGCCAUGACAGCAGCGGAAGUGGGCAGUCGGCAUUUGAGCCCCUGGUCGCCAACGGUGCCCCCGCCUCUCUUAUACCCAAGCCUGGCUCUCUGAAGAGAGGCCUUGCUUCGCAGUGCCCCGAUGACUGCUCAAACAAGAGGUCACGCACCUCCUCCAUGAGCUCCCUCAACAAUACGUACACAAGUGGAAUCCCCAGCUCCCUGCGCAAUGCCAUCGCCAGCUCCUACAGCUCCAGCCGGGGCCUCACACAGCUGUGGAAGAGGAGUGGUGUGAGUGUGUCACCACUGUCCAGCCCUGCAUCCUCCCGUCCCCAGACACCAGAGUGGCCUAUCAAGAAAGCCAGGGAGGAGGAGACGCAUUGCUCCAACACUUCCACCCCAGUGAAAUCAGACAAGGAGCUGCAGACGGAGAAAGCAGUGGUGGAGAUGCCUGUGCGGAGGAAGCGUGGUUCCCUGAGCCCACCAUCUGCAUCAGGGAGCAGUGGCAAGCGCAAGCGGAAGAUCCAGUUGCUGUCGUCUCGCCGGGGGGACCAGCUGGCACUGCCCCCGCCGCCUCAGCUGGGCUACUCCAUUACGUCGGAGGACCUGGACGCGGAGAAGAAGGCAGCGUUGCAGUGGUUCAACAAAGUCUUGGAGGAUAAGCCUGAUCCAGUCCCCAACACCACUGCAGAGACUACACCUGUGUCCAGGCCAUUGGCAUUCACAGUGACCACAGGGACCUCCUCAACGCCUGUGUCAACAGCUCCUGUCCCAGCCAGCAGCAACUUGCUCCUGGACAGCCUGAAGAAGAUGCAGAGCAGCCAGGCUGCACCUGUGCCAGCAGACUCCACUGGAGCUACGAUAGCAUUCCAGCCAUCUUCAUCAGCAUCACAGCUGCCUGCUCCUGCCGUGUCACUGGAGUCAAAUUCUCAACCUGCAACCUCUGCUGACACCAAGCCUGUGCCUGUGCUAAGCACAGCUGCUCUUUCCAUCUCCCCUGCCUCGGGGACACAGCCUGCCAGCAGCGUGGCACCUCCUGCGACCACAGAGCUGGGCCCAACCCCCAGCAAACCUCCCUCCGUGCUGAAGCCGAACAUCCUUUUUGGGGCACCGAGUGCCCCUCCUGCCAGCCAGCCGGCAGUGACUGCAGCUGCUGCAGUGCCCACCACAACCCCCGUCUUCAAACCCAUCUUUGGUGCUUUGCCAAAAAGUGAGAGCACAGCACCGGGUACGACAGUCAUCUCUGCCGUAGUCACUGCGUCGGUGAGCUCAGCCCCUUCCUCAGCACCUUCCACCACCACCAUGUUCAAGCCCAUCUUUGGCAGCGUGACAACAGCUUCAUCUCCAGCAAAGGUCUCUCCUUUUGCCUUCAAACCACUGUCACAGCCGGCUUCAGCUGCAGAAGUGCCAGCAGCCUCCACAACCACGCUGGCAGGAUUCACGGCUCUGCCAAACGUCAUCUUCACCACCGCAGCUACGACUGCCACCACGCUCAACUCCUCCACGGAUGCCACCAUUAAACCAGUGUUCAGCUUUGGACUCAACCCGCCUGCCUCCACCAGCACCAACCUGACGGUGACCACCACCGCAUCCACCAGUGUGUCACAGCCCUUCGUGUUUGGUGGCCUGUCCAGCUCUGCCACCAGCACGGCACCCACCUUUGCUGCCCCAGUGUUCCAGUUUGGAAAGCCGGCUCCAGCCACCGUCUCUGCCACUGCCAGCGUCACGGGAGGCCCAGCGUUUGGCCAAGCACCUGCAAACUCAACAGCACCCACCACCACUGCGGGCUUCAGCAUAUUUGGGAGCACCACGUUGACAUCUUCUGCCCCGGCCACCGCAGGCCAACCGGCGCUGACGUUUGGCUCCUCCACUUCAGCUUUUGGCAGUACUUUCAGCACAAGUGUGAAGCCACUGCCGCCGUACUCAGGGGCAGCGAGCCAGCCCGCAUUCAGUGCCAGCGCUGCAGACAGCCAGCUGCCCACAAGCAAGCCUGCCGCGGGCCCUGUCGGCUUUGCUCCCCCGUUUAGUUUUGGGGCACCCACGGCCCAGUCCACUGCUCAGCCUGUGUUCGGCAGCAGCGCUCCGCCGACCUUUGGCACCAGCGGCACCCAGGUGGCGUUCGGGACCACCACGUCGGUGUUCUCCUUCGGGACGGCCACCUCUACCACAGCCAGCUUCGGUUCCGGCACCCAGACCACGAGCAGCAGCACUGGCACCGCCGUCUUCGGCACUGCGCCAUCUCCUUUCACCUUCGGGGCAGCCGCCCAGCCGGGCCCCUCUGCCGGUGCCUUUGGGCUCAGCACACCCGCCCUGAGCAGCGGCUCACCUGCAGUGCCCUUCAGCUUUGGUGCCGGGCAGAGCGGAGCGGCUGCAGCCGCCACACCGUUCGGUUCUUCCCUAACGCCGGGCACGCUGGGAGCGCCGAGCCAGAGCACGCCAUUUGCCUUCACUGUGCCCAGCACGCCUGAUGCCAAGCCCGUGUUUGGAGGAACUCCUGCCCCCACCUUUGGGCAGAGCACGCCUGUCCCGGGAGCAGUGGGGAGUGGCGGCGGCAGCCUUUCCUUCGGGACGCCCAGCGCUCCUGCCUCAGCCUUCCCAGGAGUUGGCACGUCCUUUGGUCCGUCAACCCCGGCGUUUUCCAUCGGGGCAGGAUCCAAGACUGGCGCUCGGCAGCGGCUGCAGGCACGGCGACAGCACACCCGCAAAAAGUAACCUGGGGCUCAGAGCCCCAUUGCUGGCUGUGUGAGGAGCACACAGCAUCCCCCGGGGCUGUGCUCACAGCGCUCCCCAGCACAUGAGCGAUGGUGCCGGGCCGUGCCCUCAUGGAUGCCAGCCGGGACAAGAUAAACCAAACUCUUCUUACUUGAACAGUUCCACAGCCAAGGCUGGAUGAACCUCUGUACAUAUCCACCACCUUUCCUCCCUCCCUUUGUUUUGCCAUGUUUCAUAACGUGUAAAUUUUCCCUAUUGCUUCUUAUAGAUGUUCUGAGCCCCCACCCCCCGUCACCCCCAGCACAGCACCAGCAUGUCCACACUCAGAGCCUGAGGCCACUGUGACUGCGUUGUCACAGUUCUCUGCUGUGGGAUGUGGUCUUCACCAGGCCCAAAAAUCUUUCCCCACUGUUGAAUCUCAUGGCCUGGUGAACGCACUCCCUCUGCUUCGAGCCACUCGUUGCCAUCUCCGCAGAGCACAAGGCUGUGUUAGCACCCGGCCCCAUGAGUGUGGCCAUCCUGGUGGCACGGGGUGACACAGCUGUGGAUGGGGGCUGAGCCCACUGCCACCACUCAGCUCAUACCAGGUCUCUGGCUGAGGUGUGGGGCGUGGGACAGGCAGCUCUGUGCGCUGCCCCCCACCUCUGUUGGGCUCCCCCCACCCUCUCGCUUCACGCCCCGUCUGUUCCGCUUUGUUCGUGCUCCUGUUUUAAUGCGCUCAUUGAAUCGAGUUUGGAGGAAGAACUGAACUGUGUGCGUGGCGGCAUGUUGGUUAUGCCGGAUUUGCUGUUUGGAGUUAUUUUUUGGGGUGCCCGUCCCUUCGUGGGGACACGCCCUGGCUAAUUGGAUGUUGACAGUAGCAUCACUGCGUGGCUGCUCAUGCUGGGUGAGUUCUGUCCCUUUGUUGUGACUGAAAGAAAGGCAGCUGGGGCGGGGGUCUGGCCUCCGCAGCCUCUUCUCUUCCUGGACCCCUUCUCCUGGGCUGGAGCCAUGUCACCACCUUGGGCUCCUUUGGCACCACCGAAGGAAAGGAGCCCGGAGCGGGUGGGUUUGUCCCCUCCCCAAACUGGAAUGGAUUUUCACUUUGAGCUCAUCCCCAAGCAUUAGUUCCUACGAGCUCCGAGGAGCUGCGGUGCUGCCCCUGUGCUCAUCACCCCUGGGAACCCAGUGAGGAAAAGGCGAGUGGAGCUCUGGUCCCCGUGGCUGAGAGCUGUGCCCGCAGCUCCCCUCUGCCUCCAGUAAUGCCUGGCUGCCGGGUUUUUUACUCUCCGAGCCGUGUGAGUGUGUGUGCCUGCUGAAGUCUAAAUUAAAAAGGAAAAAAAAAAAAUAUUUAAACAUUUUUUAACAAAAUAAGAAUUUAUUUUUAUAUUUAAGCUAAAUUGCCUUUGAAUUCCUUCAAGCUUGGUUCAGUGAGGUUGCUGACUGCAGCGCUGUUGGUAGUUCCCCGUUCUGUCGCGCCCCGGAGCAGUGGCUGUGCUGUGGGACACGGCUGUGCUGGGGAAAGGCAGCUGUGUCCCAGGGCAGGAGCCAUCUGCUCCUCCCAGGCUGUAACAACACGUCCUUGUUUCUCCAAUGUGAUGUACGUGGAUGUGAAUAAACUUUUUUUUUUUAAUUCCCCUGAA